AUGUACACUGUGUGUCGGAAAGUCUUUUUGCUUGGAGGGUUUGGAGUUCGAAGACUGUGUCACACACUGACCGAAGGUCUUUUCAGCGCUGCGAAACCAGCUUCCGAUGGGCUUCCGAAGCCUGCAGCCAACAUCUUCGAUUCAGCCCCCAGCAGCUCCGGAAGCAUUUUCGGAGGCGCCAGCGGCUCCAUGACAGAGGUGGCGCUGCCGAGCUCAGGCGGGAUCUUUAUGUUCGGUGCUAGCACGAGCAGCGCUGCUUCAACGGCACCACCGACCAGCAUCUUCGACGGCGGUGCCAGUUCUUCUGGCGCAGCCUCAGCAUCAUCGGCACUCUCGGCACCCGCGGCGGCGGCGACUUCGGCCACCAGCAUCUUUCAGUUCGGGGCAGCGCCCCCCGCAGCGCAGGUGCCGCCAGCAAGUUCGAGCGCUGGCGUCGCUUCCAGUGGAGGUGCGAGUAUAUUCGGAGCCGAAGCAGCAACAGGAAAUGCUCUUGCAAGCAUCUCGCAAAGCUCGCAGAGUGCGCCGAGUUCAAGCUCCAAUAUCUUUGGUGCCACAUCAGGAUCAAUUGGCAAUAUCUUUAGUGCUGCGAGUUCUGGUGGCAGCAUCUUUGGCUCUGAACCUGGAAGUUCUGGAAGUUCAAGUGGUAUAUUCGGUGCCACCCAGCCAGCAAGCAGUCCCAGCACAGGCAGCAUCUUCGGAGCUCCAGCCGACACUUCAAGCAGCAGCAUUUUCGGCGCAGCGCCGCCAAGUGCUUCAACGCAGCCAGCGGGCUCUCAAAGCUCCGGCAGCAUGUUCGGUGCACUUCAAGCAACUACCACCCCGAGUUCUGGCAGCAUCUUCGGCUCACAACCGGCAAGCAGUCCAGAUUCCGGAAGCCUGUUCGGUGCAACCCCGACCCCGCCGACAGGCAGCCCAAGUUCAGGCAGUAUCUUCGGUGCAGUCCAGACAGCAAGCUCAGGCGGCAUUUUCGGUGCAGCCCAGCCCGCCACGAGCACGAGUUCUGGCAGCAUCUUCGGUGGUGCUUCAGGAAGUGGCCCAGGCAUCUUCUCAGCACCGACGGGCAGCACAUCGACUGGUCCUGGCCUAUUUGGUGCACCAGCGGCCAGUGCGGGAGGUAUUUUUGGAGCUCCGAGCGCAGGAGCCAAUAUCUUCGGCCAGCCAGCCCAACCGGCCCAGCCUGCGCAGCCGGCCCAGCCGGCAGCUUCAGCAGGAGGCCUCUUUGGCGCCAGUGCCGGCUCCCAGGGAGGCAGCAUCUUCGGUGGGACGACUGGUGGGAUCUUCAGCCCAGCCCAGAGUGCCGCCAGCUCUGCGGGGGCCGGGAACCUCUUUGGCCAAGCUGGUGGCAACAUCUUCGGGAGUGGUGCUGGCGGUGCCGGGGCCUUCAUCGCAUCCGGAGGAGGUGGCGGAGGUGUUUUCGGCCAAUCCUCCGGUGCAGGAGGUAGCAACAUCUUCGGAGCACCUGCUCCAGGUGCCGCCUCCGCGGGCGGCAUGUUCCAGUUCGGGGCGCCGACACCGGCACCGCAGAGCGCACCCUGUGGGGGAGGAGGAGGGUCCAUUUUCGGUCAGCCGCAGCCGCAGCCGAGCCCUGGUGGUGGUAACGCGUUCAUGUUCGGCCAGGGCCCGGCACAGUCGCAAGGAUCUGCGGACAUGUUUGGACAGCCAGCUGCAGGUCCAAAUGCUGGUUUUGGUGGCUCACCUUUUGGUGGUGCUCCGCAAGGCUUUCCACCACCCGGUGCAGGGUUUGGCCAACCUGCGGCGGCAGCAGGUGCCUUCGGCGGUUUCGGACCAGCUCCAGGUGCAGGUGGAUUCGGCCCUUCUCCACAGGCUGCCGGCGGAAACCUCUUCGCGCAGCCCAACCCCAGCGGUCCACCGCCGGGGCGCAGCCGAGUGCUCAUACUCGAUGGUGGUCUUGCUACGCAUGUCGAGGCGCUUGGCGAAAGCAUCGACCACUCCCUUUGGUCUGCUUCCUGCCUGGUGAAGAACCCGACGGUCAUCAAACAGGCGCACAGAGACUACUAUGAUGCUGGCGCCGCGGUGGCCAUCACUGCUUCCUACCAGGCGCACUUCGAUGGCUUUCGCGAGCUCGAGAUGGACGAGGAGGAGGCGCUCAAGGCAGUGAAACGCUCUGUCGACUUAGCGCGUGAGACGGCGCCUCCGGGGGCACUGGUAGCAGGCAGCGUGGGGAGCUACGGCGCCUCGCUGCACAACGGCGCCGAGUACACCGGCGACUUUCCAGGGAUGGAUGAAACGAGUCUGCUUGCCUGGCACCGGCCCCGAGCCAAGGCUUUGGUCGAAGCAGGUGCUGACAUCCUCGCAUGCGAGACGGUGCCCAGCCUUUUGGAAGCCCGAGCUCUUGUUCGCCUGCUGAACGAGUUGGAGCAUCCUGGUUGGGUCACCUUCUCCUGCAAAUCCGACACUGAAGUCUGCUCGGGCGAUGUCUUCGCAGACUGCAUCGCUGCGGUGGCUAAAUGCGACUGGGUGGUUGGAGCAGGCGUGAACUGCACGCAUCCCGACUUCGUCGCCGGCCUCGUCCAAAUCUGCCGGGAAUCGUUGCCCGCCGAAAAGAGUGUGGUCGUGUACCCCAAUGCCGGCGAGGUUUGGAAUGGUACAACUCAUACCUGGGAGACGGGCUCAGCCACAGCUGACGAACAGUAUGUGGAGCUGGCGCGGAAGUGGCUCAAGCUUGGCGCCAAUUGUAUUGGGGGCUGCUGCCGAACGGGGCCCGCGACUAUCGCGGCGCUCAAGAAAGGGUUGACGGUGACCCCGUGA